AACUUCGGGUCCGAGGAGAGAGUGCUCCUUCCAUUCCAAAAAACAGAAGGGAACAAACGACAAAAAAACGUAGGUAACCAACAGCGUUACCUCAAAGCCUCAGGUUCAACGCAUUGUUUCAACUCUUUCUUCUUUGUUCCUUUGAAAAAAAAAAUCCUCGUAAACAAACUUAAAAAAGAAGAGACCAAAAAGAAGAGCCCACAGAUAGAGGUCUGCCUUGGGGGAGCUUUCUGCCACUGCUCCAACGGACGUCUUCUUCUUCUUCUGUGGUGCUCUUAUCUCUAGCAAGUGCUUUUUAGCUGAUGGAUAUUGGUGCUUUUGAGGUGUGGAGCUGAUUUGGGUUGAAGAGGCUGGUUCUUUUAGAUCCAGGCCAUCUGAUGAGAACUAAGAUGAAUGCUCAGCUGUGCAUUUGAGAUCGUGAUGUUUUGGGGUUACUGUUCACGUUUUAAUGUCAUGCUGUCUUGAUUUUUGGUAUCAAGUUCUCCCCUUUUAGCGUUGGUGUCAAAGUUCAACAACUAGCCAAGAAAGUCUUAUGUUUUAGGAGUCUUGACCUCAAGUAUGGAUUUGGUGGAAGAGUUAUGUGAACAGAAAAAUAUAUAAAUUUUGACCUAAAAAAUGGACUAGCUUGUUUCAUUGGGAGACUAAGUUAGUUGGUAAUAAGCUGCCAAAAACAUAGGGUAAUAAGCUGAGAUUCUGAAUCAGUUUUGGAUUGGUUGGACAGCUAGAAAGUGUUAUGGCUGUUGCCAAGAGCAGCAGCAUCAGUGAAACGUUAAAGCAGCCGUGCAAUUGCUACAAAGUUGCAAGCUUGAGUGAAACAAUUUUGGAGACUGAUCAGACUGCAAAUUUGAAAGAUCGAUACAUUCUUGGAGAGCAACUGGGCUGGGGUCAAUUUGGUAUUAUUAGGUUGUGCUCGGAUAAGUUGACAAGAGAGGUACUGGCAUGCAAAUCGAUAUCUAAAGAUAGAUUAGUAACCUCUGAUGAUGUACGGUGUGUAAAGCUUGAAAUUGAAAUAAUGACAAGGUUAUCAGGGCAUCCAAAUGUUGUAGAUCUCAAGGCUGUUUAUGAGGAUGAGGACUAUGUUCAUUUGGUGAUGGAGCUUUGUGCAGGAGGGGAGCUUUUCCACCGGUUAGAGAAGUAUGGGCAUUUCUCUGAGGCAGAGGCUAGAGUUCUCUUCAGGCAUCUCAUGCGAGUGGUCCUAUAUUGUCAUGAAAUUGGGGUUGUUCAUAGAGAUUUAAAGCCAGAGAAUAUCCUCUUAGCUACAAAAGCCUCAUCAUCGCCAAUUAAACUAGCAGAUUUUGGCCUUGCAACAUAUAUUAAACCUGGGCAGUGUUUGCAUGGGACUGUUGGGAGUCCAUUUUAUAUAGCACCUGAGGUUUUGGUAGGGGGAUAUAAUCAGGCUGCCGAUGUUUGGAGUGCUGGGGUGAUUCUGUACAUACUUAUUAACGGGACACCACCAUUUUGGGGUAAGACGAAGUCACGAAUCUUUGAUGCUGUGAGGGCAGCUGAUCUGCAGUUCCCGUCAGAUCCUUGGGAUCGCAUUUCUGAUUCUGCAAAGAAUUUAGUCAGGGGAAUGCUCAAUACUGAUCCUUUUCAACGACUCACUGCUCUACAGGUUCUAGAUCAUUUAUGGAUGAAGAAUGAUGAAUCUUGUCAUGAAGAAUCAAAUGAGCUUGUAUACCAAAGUUGUGGAGGGUGGGAAUUCGGUAGUGGCUCAUUCUCUUUGUCUAGGGAUCAGGAUAUCAGCUUUGGUGCUGGAUCUCCAAUCAUUUAUGAUGUUCAGUCACCUGCACUCACAUGCAGAACUUCUUUUUCUUCUUUCUUGGUGGAACCAUCUAUGCCUUGCUUUGCACCAGGUGGAUUUUCUUUCCGCAGCGGUAGUUCUGAUGCCUUAGAAUUUUCGACUCCUGUGCCCUCAAUGCCAAGCUUUGCGUUCUUCAGUCCUAGUUCAGUGGUUGAGCAAGGGAGCUGCAAAUUAGAUUUCUCAACCAACAUUACCCGGAUGGAGAGAAUUCAUGGAGAUGCAGGCUUGGAUAAGCUACUCAUGUUACCAGAUUCUUCUCCUUGCUGUGGGCCCGAGGCAAGAGAAAUAGAAAACAAGACAGCUGAAUUUAGAAGGACAGGGGGAUUAGGUGGGUCUAGGAUGUUGGCCUUUCACAGCAAGAGGAACCGCACUAUUGGCCAUGGUGAGCGAGAACAACUUGAUUUCAUAGUGGCUGAAUCAGUUAUCCGAUGGGCAUCAUGCACAAAUCUCCCGACUGCCACAUCCCUCAGGUCAUCUCUUGUGUGUUGAGCUGUCAGUGUGAGUCAGUAUAGUUCUGACGGAGGCUAACAUUUGCAGAAACUGCAUUUCUGUGUAAAAUUUUUAUAGCUAAUUCCUGUAUUAGGUUGUGUUUUGUGCCCAUAUUUCUGAUUGCUGGUGCUUAGCACCAGCUUUAAAUGAGUGGUAUUGAGAGUUAUCCCACCGGGAGUGCUGCUUCUAGAUUUUUCACUGGCAGAUACUUGGUAGGAAGAGAGUAACCAGUUGUGGCUACCGGGGUCUUGCUUUGUGUAUAAACGAAUAGUAGUUUUCCCUGUUUCAUCUUUUGCCAUUGUAUCAACUGUAAUAUUAUGUAUCUUUUCCCCUUGUUAUGUUUUUUGAGUCUCAUCUAGAGAAGGCAAAAAAACUCGUACCCGACGGAUUUUAACCCGAUCGGAUUUAUUAGGGUCGAUUUUUUUCUUUUGAAAAUUAGGUAUCGGGUCAGGUCGGGUGACAUGAAAAAAAAGUUAGAAUCGAGUUUUAG